AUGGAAAAUUCUUGUGUGUCCGUGAACAUUGGUCCACCUGACAAGAAUGGCCUUAGGGUCUGUCAACUGAGUGAUUCUGAUCACAUUCAACAUCCUGAUGACCUUAAACCCCAAGAAGGAUAUUUGUAUUGGGCGUCAAAGGUGCGGGAAAAAAUGGAUUUUACCUAAUGAUGUUUAUUUAUUUAUUUUCGAUAUUAAAAAUAUUGCUGAAAAUAAAUCUGUCCUUAUAGAAUAUGUGCUCCAGCAAGCCUUGUCCUCAAAAUGUGAUCUGCGUUAAUGGAUUUACCAACCAGAGAUACAUUUGCUUAAUGUGCAAAGCUGGUUUUAUGGGAGAAAGAUGUGAACAAGGUAAAAAGAGAACUUUGUUUUUCGGUAUUUAAGUUAAUUCUGAUUUUUUUUUUUUUUGGUCCUCUCUUCUUGUGUCCGUUCAGUUUUAUUAGGAGAAUUCACUUUCCAUAAAUUUGUAUAUAUGUAUUUAUUAUUUUUUUUUGUAAUUGCUUCUAUAACGUGUAUAAAUAAGUGUGUUUCAUUUUUGUAACAGCUCCGGUGCUCCAUGAAUUAUUUUUUUUUAAAGAAGCUUUUAAUAUAUAAUUUUUUUCAUCAUCAAAAUGGUUAAAAAACAAACGAGUGCAGGAAUUCUGUAAAAAGAAAAACAAAACAAAGCAAAGCAAAAAAACCCUCUCACUACAUGGAUGCAUUCUUCUCCUCUAGAGCUUUCUUUGUAAAGCCCUAGAUAGCAGUGGACUGCAGUACGAAAAUCUCGUAACCGUGGAAUGGGCUAGACUAUGUGUCUUUCCACAUUACCCAGUUUCUAUAUCUGGUCCUCUGUGAUAACGUGAGUUGUUAGCCAUUCCCCUUUGGAAUUCAAGAGAGUUAUUUCUACUUCAGCGUUUUCUUUCAUUUGAAGAUAAUUAUGCUUGAGCGUCAUUUACUAUAUGUUUGUUUGUUUUUUCAGAUAUAAACGAGUGCAUCAGUGAUACCGACGGUUGUCAUCAUAAUGCAAGUUGCAACAACACAAUUGGCUCUUACACAUGCAAAUGCAAGCCAGGAUUUAGUUGCAGUUAGUAUGACAGAUGUUUUGAUUGUUAAUUAGUGCAACGUUUAUACAGUACUUGUAUGGAUUCUGAUGGGAUUCGCACCAACCAACACCGCCGGUUCAUAACCAACAAUUCGUGUACGAGUUGAUCAAACCAUAUUUUGAAAUAGCUUGCAUCAUGAUAUCCUUUUGGAACAAGCCAGAUUUUCAUGAAUAUGUUCAACCAAAUUUCCAAAUGUAAAAAUUCUGUCAUGUUUUCGAUUACUACUACUACUACUACUACUACUACUACUACUACUACUACUACUACUACGUUCUUAAAGAGUUUCAGAGUAAAAAAUUAAUUAUAAUAAUAAAAAAAGGAACAGGCACACAAACAAAAAACAACGAUAGAUUACAUCAAGAUUUUACCAUUCUUAAUAGAAUUAAACAACGUGUGAUAUGAAAAAAGGGUUGAAGUAAACUUUGUUUUUAUCUUUCAGCAUUCCAAGCCCUCUUUACAAAUCUCAAUGCCACUGGUAGGUAUGGUCCAACGACGCUGGGUAGUCACUACACUGGUCAAGAUCAUGACGGACAGGUUACAUUGUCCGGCGGUAUUCAACAGUGGAAUGUGCCGUACACUGGUGACUAUAGAAUAGAAGCGAUCGGAGCAGCAGGAGGAUACGAUCAACUUAACGAAAGUGCUCAAUACCGAGGAAGAGGGGCGAUUAUGGUUGGAACAUUUCGCCUAAACAAGGGUGAAGUCAUACAAGUAAUUGUUGGUCAAGAAGGAGGAAUAACCAAACGGAGGUGGUCUUCUGGAGGUGGUGGAGGAACAUUUGUUGUGAGAGGAGCCAAUACACCUUUGAUCAUAGCUGGAGGCGGGGGAGGCUUACAAACUGUUAAUUCAAGACAUGGAGGAUGUGACGCCAGCACACAAACAACAGGGAAUACUGGAUACAAAUCAUGGCCAGGGGGAAGCAAUGGACAUGGUGCACAGACUGCUGAUAACAGCUCUCAUUCAGGUAAAAUUAUAUUGUGA